UGGGUGCUGGGUGCUGGAGCUGCCAGCCCCGCGCGCUCAGAAACAUGCUGAGGUCCCGGCGGCUCUUCCAACAGCGGCAGCGGCUCCAGCAGCAGCGGCGGCGGCGGCGGCGGCGACAGCUCUCGACUCCGGCGGAGAAGGCGCCCGGCGUCCAUGCCUCCGGCCCCGAGCCGCGGCUACCCUGACCUGGCCGCGACUUCCCUGCACCGGCCCCGCACCCCCUGCUCCUGGGGUGUUCUCCAGCCGCGGCCCAGCCCCGCCACACCCCCCGCCCCCGGCCUCCGCAGCUCGGCAUGGGCGCGGGGGCGCUCGCCCUGGGCGCCUCCGAACCCUGCAACCUGUCGUCCGCCGCGCCGCUGCCCGACGGCGCGGCCACCGCGGCGCGGCUGCUGGUGCUAGCAUCGCCGCCCGCCUCGCUCCUGCCUCCAGCCAGCGAGGGCUCAACACCACUGUCGCAGCAGUGGACCGCCGGCAUGGGCCUACUGCUGGCGCUCAUCGUGUUGCUCAUCGUGGUGGGCAACGUGCUGGUGAUCGUGGCCAUCGCCAAGACCCCGCGGCUGCAGACGCUCACCAACCUCUUCAUCAUGUCCCUGGCCAGCGCCGACCUGGUCAUGGGGCUGCUGGUGGUGCCUUUCGGGGCCACCAUCGUAGUGUGGGGCCGCUGGGAGUACGGCUCCUUCUUCUGCGAGCUCUGGACUUCGGUGGACGUGCUGUGUGUGACGGCCAGCAUUGAGACCCUCUGUGUCAUCGCCCUGGACCGCUACCUCGCCAUCACGUCGCCCUUCCGCUACCAGAGCCUGCUGACACGCGCGCGAGCUCGGGCCCUCGUGUGCACAGUGUGGGCCAUCUCGGCUCUGGUGUCCUUCCUGCCCAUCCUCAUGCACUGGUGGCGGGCCGAGAACGACGAAGCGCGUCGCUGCUACAAUGACCCCAAGUGCUGCGAUUUCGUCACCAACCGGGCCUACGCCAUCGCCUCGUCCGUUGUCUCCUUCUACGUGCCCCUGUGCAUCAUGGCCUUCGUGUACCUGCGGGUGUUCCGCGAGGCCCAGAAGCAAGUGAAGAAGAUCGACAGCUGCGAGCGCCGCUUCCUCGGUGGUCCAGCCCGGCCGCCCUCACCUGCGCCCUCACCAUCUCCAGGGCCACCACGCCCUGCAGACUCACUAGCCAACGGGCGCUCCAGCAAGCGGCGGCCGUCGCGCCUCGUGGCCCUGCGCGAGCAGAAGGCUCUCAAGACGCUGGGCAUCAUCAUGGGUGUGUUCACACUCUGCUGGCUGCCCUUUUUCCUAGCCAACGUGGUGAAAGCUUUCCACCGCGACCUGGUGCCGGAUCGCCUCUUCGUCUUCUUCAACUGGCUGGGCUACGCCAACUCGGCCUUCAACCCCAUCAUCUACUGCCGCAGCCCCGACUUCCGAAAGGCCUUCCAGCGCCUGCUCUGCUGCGCUCGCAGGGCGGCCCGCAGACGCCACGCAGCCCACGGGGACCGGCCGCGCGCCUCCGGCUGCCUGGCUGGAGUUGGCCCGCCGCCGUCCCCCGGAGCUCCCUCGGACGACGAAGAAGACGAUGCUGGGGCCACACCGCCCGCGCGCCUGCUGGAGCCCUGGGCGGGCUGCAAUGGCGGGGCGACCACUGUGGACAGCGAUUCGAGCCUGGACGAGCCGGGGCGCCGGGACUUCUCUUCGGAAUCCAGGGUGUAGAUGGUCAGGCUCUUCGGGCGGGCGCACUGAUGCCGGUCCCUAUAGUCCCGGCCUGGACACAUGUUCUGCGUCCCCCAAAGGGAGAGAGCUUGCCCGGGCGCCCCUGAACCGCUCCCGGGGGGAGAGAGGAAAUCUUUGUUUACUCAAGACCGAAAGCAGGUGAACUCGAAGCCCACAGAUCUUUGAAUCAUCCGAGACGUACAGAAAAGCUCCACGCCGACCCUUGCACAAAAGGAAAGUUUGGGAGUAGUUGGGGGAGUGUGGUUUACUGAUUUGUCUUGGGUUCCUUUCUCUCCCUGGUUAGGCCUUUUGAGUGUAUUCGUAAGUGCGCCUUUAGGCAUUUUUCCCCAGGUAGUUUUUGACACUUUCUGCAGGGACCCGCGUGGAAACUAGGAGGGGAGGAGAA